CAUUGUUAACGCUGAUUUCUGCCAGUUCAGUCCAGCGUUUUGUCUUCGCGAGCCGAACCCAGGGUCACAGGCUCCCACGAAACGCAUGAAACCUCGGCCCCCGCUGGAGAGAGGGACACACGGCGGCGUACUCCCUAACAUGAGGAGGAUUGUUGGCUGUAACCCUGCCCAGACCGGAGGCUCCUGGUAGGGAUGGUGCCGCUGUGAAGAGCCGGUGUGCCGUUUCGGAGGACAAGCCUGCGCGGUCGGGGCCGGGAGGGGUGGGGGGGUUACACGGCUGGAAGGAAGUGCCUGGACAACAUGACUGUUUUCAACCAGGAAAAUGUGGAGGAAUUUUAUGAAAUCGGAGACGAGCUGGGGAGUGGGCAGUUUGCUGUGGUCAGAAGAUGUCGGCACAGGAGUACCGGCGUGGAGUACGCCGCCAAAUUCAUCAAGAAGCGGCGCAGCAAAUCGAGUCGACGAGGGGUGACGAGGGAGGACAUCGAGCGCGAGGUGAACAUCCUGAAGGAGAUCCAGCACCCAAACAUCAUCACGCUGCACGAGGUCUUUGAAAACAAGGCGGAGGUCAUCCUGAUCCUGGAGCUUGUGGCCGGCGGCGAGCUCUUCGACUUCCUGGCAGAGAAGGAGUCGCUGAGCGAGGAAGAAGCCACUCAGUUCCUCAAGCAGAUCCUGGACGGAGUCUUCUACCUGCACUCCAAACAAAUCGCUCACUUUGACCUUAAGCCGGAGAACAUCAUGCUGCUGAACCGCUCAGUGCCUCACCCGCGCAUCAAGAUCAUUGACUUUGGCCUGGCCCACAAGAUCGACUUUGGAAACGAUUUUAAAAACAUUUUUGGAACUCCAGAAUUUGUAGCUCCAGAGGUAGUCAACUAUGAACCUCUGGGCCUGGAGGCAGACAUGUGGAGUGUUGGUGUAAUAACCUACAUUCUUCUGAGCGGUGCGUCUCCUUUCCUGGGCGACAACAAACAGGAGACGCUGGCCAACGUGUCCGCCGUGGACUACACGUUUGACGAGGAGUUCUUCAGCAACACCAGCAUCCUGGCCAAAGACUUCAUAGCAAAGCUCCUUGUCAAAGACCCCAAAAAGAGAAUGACGAUUCAGGACAGCCUGCAGCACCCCUGGAUCAAGCCAAAAGACACUCAACAAGCGCUGAGCAGAAAGGAGUCGGCUGUCAACAUGGAGAAGUUCAAGAAGUUUGCGGCUCGAAGAAAAUGGAAACAAUCCGUCCGACUUAUCUCCUUAUGCAACCGUCUGUCCCGCUCCUUCCUGUCCAGAAGCAACAUAAGCGUGGCGCGCAGUGAUGACACGUUGGAUGAGGAAGACUCCUUUGUGAUGAAGGCCAUCAUCCACGCCAUAAACGACGACAAUGUGCCCGGUCUGCAGCAUCUGCUCGGAUCCCUGAACAGCUAUGACGUCAACCAGCCCAACAAGCACGGGACUCCUCCCCUCCUGAUUGCAGCCGGCUGUGGCAACAUUCAGAUCAUCGAGGUGCUGAUGAGGAAAGGCGCAGAGAUCCAGGCCCACGACAAGAGUGGAGCCAACGCUAUCUACUACGCAGCGAGACACGGCCAUGUCGAGACCCUGAAAUUCCUGCAUGAAAAGAAGUGCCCUCUGGAUGUCCAAGAUAAGUCUGGCGAGACAGCUCUUCACGUGGCAGCUCGCUAUGGCAACGUGGAUGUGGUGAGCUACCUGUGCAGCAUCAGGGCCAACCCAGACCUGGCUGACAGGGAGCACGAGACCCCUCUGCAUUGCGCUGCCUGGCACGGAUACUCGGCAGUAGCCCGGGCUCUCUGCCAGACAGGCUGCCACGUGGAUGCCAAGAACCGCGAGGGCGAGAGUCCGCUGCUGACAGCAUCUGCUCGGGGCUUUGUGGACAUAGUGGAGUGCCUGGUGGAGCACAAGGCUGAUCUGGAAGCGACUGACAAGGACGGCCACACAGCCCUCCACCUGGCCGUACGGAGAUGUCAGGUUGAGGUGGUGCGCUGCCUCCUCAGACACCACUGCCACCUGGACCAGCAGGAUCGCCAUGGAAACACUCCGCUGCACAUCGCCUGUAAGGACGGGAACCUGCCCAUCGUCAUGGCAAUCUGCAGCGCCAAGGCCAGCCUCGACCUCCCCAACAAGUAUGGCAAAACGCCUCUCCACCUGGCUGCUAACAACGGCAGCCUUGAGGUGGUUCGUCACCUCUGCCUGGCCGGAGCCAACAUCGACGCCGUCACCAACGAUGGAAAGACAGCGGAGGAUUUGGCUUCUACUGAUCAACAUGAACACAUCGUUUCUUUGUUGGGCAAACUCAAAAAGGACAACCACAAACUGAGCUACAUCCAGCAGCUGCGGCCCACUCAGACCGUCCAGCCCAGGAUCAAGCUGAAGCUGUUCGGACACUCUGGAGCCGGGAAGAGCUCCCUGCUGGAGUCUCUGAAAUGCGGCAUCCUACGCAGCUUCUUCAGGAGGAGGAGGACGCGCAUGACCAACACGGCCCGCCACCCCAACUCCCCCAUCAACUCCAAACCUGCCGUGUCAGUGAGCAUUUCCAACCUGUACCCGGGCUGUGAGAAUGUGAGUGUGCGGAGUCGCAGCAUGAUGUUCGAGCCCAGCCUCACCAAAGGCGUCCUGGAGGUCUUCUCCCCCGUCCACAACGCUCUCUCCGCGCCCGACGAACAGGCCACGAAGGCCAUCGACAUCCAGCAUGCCAACAUCCACGGUGUCGGGGAUUUCAGUGUGUGGGAGUUUUCGGGGAACCCGGUCUAUUACUGCUCCUACGACUACUUUGCAGCCAACGACGUCACAGCGAUCCAUCUGGUCCUGUUCAGCCUGGAGGAGCCGUACGAGACCCAGCUGGGCCACAUCACGUACUGGCUGAACCUGCUGAAGGCCCUCACCCUGCCCCAGGACAACAUCGCUUUCGGGGGUCGGAUCCAGCAGCCUCUUGAGGUCGUCCUCGUGGCGACACACGCUGACCUCGCUGACGUCCCCAGAGCUUUCUCUGGAGAGUUCACCUACGAUAAGGAGAGGGCGCUUCUCAAGGAAGUCAGGAACAGGUUUGGUAACGACCUGCAGAUCAGCGACAAAUUGUUUGUGAUGGACGCUGGAGCAUCAAACUCCAAAGAUAUGAAGCUGCUGAGGAGUCACCUGCAGGAGCUUCGCACCAACAUCAUCUCCAGGUGUAGUCCCAUGACGUUGUUGUCAGAGCGUUUGCUGACCACCCUGCCGACCUGGAGGAAGCUGAGCGGACCCAACCAGCUGACGUCAUGGCAGCAGUUUGUCAGCGACGUCCAGGAGCACAUCAACCCUCUGGUCAGCCAGGAUCACCUCCGCACGUUGGCCCUGCAGCUUCACAGCAUGGGGGAGAUCAACAUCAUGCAGAGUGAGACAGUGCAGGAUGUCGUUCUGUUGGAGCCUCGCUGGCUCUGCAGCAGCGUCCUCGGCAAGCUGCUCUCCGUGGAGACGCCCAAGGCCAUCCACCACUACAGGGGGCGCUACAGGCUGGAAGAGGUGCAGGCUCUGGCUCCUGAAAGCGACGUGGACGAGCUGCUGCAGAUUCUGGAUGCCAUGGACGUCUGCGCCCGUGACGUCACCAACCCCUCCAUGGUGGAUGUUCCUGCCCUCAUCAAGACAAAUGGCCUCCACCGCUCCUGGACCGAAGAAGAGGAGGAGGAGUCAUUGAUCUACGGCGGCGUACGACUGGUCCCUGCCGAGCACCUUACUCCCUUCCCCUGUGGCCUGUUUCACAAACUGCAGGUGAACCUGUGUCGCUGGAGUCACCAGCAGAAGCCCGAGGAGGAGGGCGGGGAGGAUAUCGAUGGAGAUAUCCACCUGUGGACCAACGGAGCCAAGGUGAGCCAGGGGGCAGUGGAGGCCAUGAUCCUGCUGGUCAACCACGGCCAGGGGGUGGAGAUUCAGGUACGCGGACAUGACUCAGAGCGGGCCAAGUGCUACACCCUGUUGGACACCAUCUGCAGUAUAACAGAGAACCUGCUGGCCUCCACGCUCCCCGGACUGCUCACCGCCAAAUACUACCUGAGUCCUCAGCAGCUGCGGGAACACCACGCCCCCAUCAUGAUCUACCAACCCAAAGAUUUCUUCCGAGCCCAAGUCCAGCGGGAAACUUCUCUCACCAACACCAUGGGCGGCUACCGGGAGAGCUUCAGCAGCAUCCUGGCUUUCGGCUGCGCUGAAGUUUACCAGCAGGGGAUUCUGGGAACAGACAUCCACAUAUCAGACGUGCCCCUGUUGGCUCGCAGGAAGCUCUGCCGCAUGCUGGACCCUCCUGACGCCCUGGGGAAAGACUGGUGCCUGCUGGCCAUGAACCUCGGCCUCACAGACUUGGUGGCCAAACACAGCAACGGGACUCCAAAUGGCACCCCUGAGCUGGACUCGGACCCAGACUCCCAGCAGGCCGUGCUGCAGCCCAGCCCGACGGCAGCGCUGCUGCAGGAGUGGAGCGGACGAGCAAACAGCACGGUCGGCGUGCUGAUGGCCAAACUGAGGGAGCUCGGCCGUCGAGAUGCCGCCGACUUCCUGCUCAAAGCUUCUCCUGUUUUCAGGGUCAACAUGGAGGCAGUGGGAGGGGCCGCCAACAGCUACCCCCCCACCUGCAACGGAGGCACGUCGUACAACUCCAUCAGCUCCGUCAUAUCCCGCUGAACCGAACAGGGCCGACUUCCUGUCCUCGCCAAACUCCAGAUAGUGGGUCUGACGUGACGUUUCCCCUGAACAGGUGACAGACUCGUGUGUGUGUGAAUGAACAAGUGCAAUCGUUACCAGAGAGUCCAGCUGCUCGCUCUUCAAUCACUCCAUUAAGUUGGCGUAUGAGCCAGAUGUUGUGUUUGUGGUCUCCACACCUGUACAGCUGACUUUUCCUUCCACUAUGAAUGUUGUGAAAGAACGGACAUCCCGAGCUCCAAAGAGGAACCCCGUGCUUUUAUUUUGUUCUUAAUCUUGUUGUGCUGCUUUUUAAUAUCCCUCCUUCUCUACAGUGCGUCCAGCCUCACUCCUCUCACAGUCAGCAGGCAGAAACUUAGGACAAGCUCGAUUUUACAGUCUCCACGUGAGGGAAUGGACGUGGUCUAAAAAGAUGGCAGCCUCAUGUUUGGACCUUCUUCACAUCCACCCUCCAGUAAAAACUGAGGACUUUAUCGUAUCUGUGUACAUGUAGGAGCCUGUCGUCUUUACUCACUCCAUCCGUCACAGUAACAUAUAGAUAAUAUCUCCCUCCUCGCUUCUGUUUUACUGAUGUAACAGCUGGCCGGUGAGCUUAGUGUUUAAUAAUUUAACAGCAUUUUUCAGAGUGCCUUUGUGGCCUUCUACCUCCCUAAAGAGCACAAAUAGUCUUGUUAUCAAAAAACGGUUGUUCUUUCCAAACAUUUGAAGAACUGUGCCUUGUUGACAGUAACAGUAAAAUGAAUUUCAAUCGAGCAGACGGAAAAGGGUCAUUAAAGAAAAUGACGUGAAAAAGAAAAAUGAAAGCUCGGCUCAUUUUACAAAGUUUUGAAAUUUGAAUUUUACUGGCAAAAAAAAAACAAAAACACAACACACAUACAAACACACGACUGAAAUCAGAUCUUUAGAUUUCUGCUGUGUUGUGUUUAAUGUUUGAGAGUCGGUCAGGAGAUGAAACAUGUUCAGUCUUCUCUCGUAUUAAAUUGCAGGCGAUGCGAUGCUCUGUGGAAGCUGUAGGGUCAAAGGGAAACAAUCUCAUUCAUCUUUCAACUUCUCAAACUAUAAUCCCUCAUUCAUCCAUCCAGCAACACCACUGUUUUGUUGAUUCAUUUGGUAACACUUUAUUCUACAGGUUUGUCACUUCCUAGUCUUUUCUUAUCACCUGCACUGUCAGUUACAAGAGCAGAUCAUUUCUGCUGUGUCAUUAUUACGUCACUUUUGUAACACUCCCAUAGCCAUCUCAGAUAUUGUGCUAGAACACUUCUUUUAAAAUACAAUUUUUUUUUUUUUUUUUUUCAGAGUUGUAAUCGCAGUUUUAACAAAACUGACCGUGUUCCGAGACAGUUAUUUGAGUUUAGUCUGCAGUCGUUUAUUUCCAGAAAUCUCCAGAAUUUCGGUUACAUUUCAAAUCCUUUACAAGAAACUACUGGGAAACUGUGGAACCUGUAAAAUAAAGUGUGACUGUAAAUGUUGUCACCGAUCACACAAAGGGAACCGUAGCCAUUUUUUACAGAGAAAGGUUUCAGGAGAGUUUCUUCCUGAAGUGCAGUGUCUUAUCGAAGGCGGCGAUCCUUCCAGCACCUAAAUUUAUUUGCUGUGGUUGGUCACAUGUCGUUGCUGUGAGUGUUCAUGUUAAAAAUCAUGAUGGCAGACAGGGUGAAGCUCAGCACCCAUGCUGCUAAGCUUCAGGGUCCAACUAAGAACCCAAACUGUGCACUCAAUACUUACUCUGAAUAGAAAGAGCCACCAAAACGAUUUAAAAAAUAUAUAUAUAACCUGAUGACAGGUGGAUUUUGCAAUUUGGUUGAUUUCUAACCUUUUCUACAAAGCUAAAGAGUAAUGUGUUGUAUCCAGAGCCGUGAGUUUCUGUAACCACACCUGGCGCUGCAGCUUUUUAAUGCUUCCUCAAAACGUUUUCCCACAUCGGUGACCAGUGCUAGGACGUCAACAAUCAAGUUACCGUCCGCGGUGUCAGGGUUUUGGUUAGUGGCAUCAACGCCGCUUCUGUCUGAGCUUUUUUCAGUAUCGUUGUCAGUGUUGGUCGGCCAUGCGUGGCUUCACAUCUUCUUUCACUUUGUCUUUUUAUAACACGAAGCUGCAGCUCGGCUUGAUCAGCGAAAGCAGGUUUUAAAAAAAAAAAAAAAAAAAAAGAAGGUAUGAAGUUAGUAUUGUUAGCUGAAAAAGGCCAAAGGCUGCUGAGGACAGAAGUGUCCUGGAAAAGCAUUUUCACCUUGUGUAAGCUGGUAUUUUAUUAUGUUUGUGACCUAAAGUGGACCCAAAAAAAAAUGCUCUUUUUUUCAGUGCAUACGUGUUGAUGUUGGGUAAAGAGUCUUUCAUUCCUAAAAAGUCAAACUGUGGAUGUUUAGGGCGUUUUUCAGGACACGGUGUCACAGUUUGAAAAGCUCUGUGCCAGUAUUUCCUGUCUGCUUUACUUCCUCCAGUGUUUCCAUCUGCACACAGGCAUGAAACAAGACUUUCAAGACUAUUUCAGAUUCUGUGCUUCUCUCACUAUUUUCGUCUCUGCCUAUCAACUUGCCAAUUAACUCAGCAAACUUCUAGCUGUGAUGUAAAUACUCGAGGCCUGUUUCCUCAACUCGCUCCUGUCCGUUCUGUUAGUUUUCAGCUCACUUUAAGCUCCUUUUUUUGCCCAAAUAUGUUGAUUACAACAAGGCAAAAUGAAUGUACUACACAUUUUUCCUAAGAAUACGGUGACAAGUUAAAAACAAUAAAGAUGAAACUCCAGCAUGUGUACAAAAACAUGAGGAAAUGAAAUGUCCCAAACUGCUCAUGAACAUUGUUUUAUUUUCCUUGUUUUAUUGCAGCUUUUGCUGAAGUUGUGUAUGAUCAUUGCCAAUGUUGUGUGCCUAAAACACACCCGCGUUCAGUCCCCUGUUGUUGCCUUGUACAGUAUACAAACAGAGAAGUGAUGCUUCAGAAAGGGAAGUCAAUACUACGUUUCUGUUCUUGUUACAGAAAAAGAGGCACUUUUUAUUUUGUGAGAGCUGAGAAUCACCGUAAGAUCAUCAAGUUGGUCUCCGUUUUCUUCCGGAUUGGUUCUGGCUGCGAGUCUAACCGAAACACGUGGAUCUAAAGGUGUUCUCAAGAACAUUUUUGUGUAUGUUUCUGUUGGACGAGGAGAGACGAACUCGAUUUAACUUCUGAGUGAAUUUUCCCCUCGGAGACUCCGAUGUAAUCGCCACAUUGCACAAGUCCUUUUGUCGCUAUUUAUGUUACAGUUUUUAAGCAUGUCUUGGAAUGCCAUGUUCUUAGUACUUCUGACACUUUAUAGUGUAAUACAUUUUAUAAUAAAUUCUUUACCUUA